GUCAGAAUCUCCGGAGCGCGAGCGCCCAGUGAAAUCCGAGGCCGUAGCGAAGGCGGAGGCCGAGGACGAGGCCGGGUCCUCGGAGGAGGCGGAGGAGGCGGCCGGGCCCUCGAAGGAGGCGGCCUCGGAGACCUCCGAGGCGGAGGCGGCGGAGGCGGCGGAGACGGUGGAGGCGGCGGAGGCGGCGGAGGCGUGGUACUCGGCCGGGCGGUACUCCCCGGCGCUGCUGUGUGCGGCGUCGCUGGAGCCCGGCACCAUGCUCACCGAGCCCGCAGACGACCUGCAGCGCCUCGCCUACCUCCGCGCCGCGCUCGCACCGCAACAGCGCGCGGAGGCCUCGGACUCCCGGUCGCUGGAGCAGCAGGCGGCGCGCGCCAUGUCCGCGGGCGGAGCCCCCGCGCCCGGGGACCACGCCGCCGCCUUCAGUGUGGAGCACCCGCUGCCCGAGCAGCCCUGCCUGUGGGCCGACAAGUACCGCCCGCGCAAGCCGCGCUACUUCAACAGAGUGCAUACAGGGUUUGAGUGGAACAAAUACAACCAGACCCACUACGACAUGGACAACCCCCCGCCGAAGAUCGUGCAGGGCUACAAGUUCAACAUCUUCUAUCCGGACCUCAUUAACAAGAAUGCCACCCCUGAGUUCUCACUGAAACCGUGCCCCGAGAAUGCAGACUUUGCGGUACUCCGGUUUCACGCCGGGCCUCCAUAUGAAGACAUUGCCUUUAAAAUUGUGAACCGAGAGUGGGAGUACUCGUACAAGCGAGGGUUUAGAUGUCACUUCCACAAUAACAUUUUCCAACUGUGGUUCCAUUUCAAGAGAUACCGAUACCGUCGCUGAAUGUUUCAUAUAGAACCAAUAAACAUGUGUCAGAAUA